ACCAAGACAGAGACAAACCCAGCAGAAAAAAAAAAUGGCGGAUUUGCUGUUGGGUUCUUCGGCACAGUCCUCUCUUCUUAACCUAGGACACAAGCUCCGAUUCACGAAUCCUACUUCUUCAUCGAUCCAACGGCUCUCGCUCCUUAAAUCCGACGGCUUUCGUGCUCUCGCUUUCGCCUCCGAUCACCGGCGGCGUCCAUUCGGUUCCUUCGCCGUUUCCGAUGUUGUUCCUCCCUUGGAUUCUACCAAAAUAUCUCCGAAGGUCAUCACCGUUACCGCCAAUUGCGUUGAUUCAGGGGUAAGAACGGUUGAAAUUGAGCCUGAGACUGGCGGGGGCGGGGGCGGCGGAGCUGGGGGUGAUAGGUUUGGAGGUGGAGGAGGAGACGGAGGUGGAGAUGAUGGGAAACAAGACGGUGAAGGGGAGGAGUCGCAGGAUGAUGGAAAGGGGAAGAUGGAAUUGUCGAUGUCGCAGAAGUUGACUCUUGGUUACGCUGCACUCGUUGGAGUGGGUGGACUGAUGGGUUACCUAAAGAGCGGCAGCCAGAAAUCGUUGCUUGCUGGAGGACUAUCAGCUGCUGUUUUGCUUUAUGUGUUUCGGGAGCUUCCAACAAAACCUGUUUUCGCAUCAACCAUGGGUGUAGCAAUGGCGGCUGCAUUGACGUGGGUGAUGGGAUCACGUUUCAUGAGAUCGAAGAAGAUGUUUCCAGCCGGAGUUGUAUCGUUUGUAUCGUUUAUAAUGACCGGAGGAUAUAUCCACGGCAUCAUGCGCAGCUUUCACUAACCACGCCCUUCGCCUUUUCCGACCAAAGUUUGGCCUUUGUCUCUGUCUCUCAUCUUUUUGCGUGUCUGAUUCUCUGUAUUGGGGAUGUAAAGCGGCUGCGUUUAACGUCCACGUGACUUACGAAUGUUCUGUUUGUACCAACACGAACAGUAUCUUGGUCCUGUUUUUUUUUUUUUGGUUGUAAAGAGUUGUGGCUUUUCGAAUUACCUCGCAAGCCAGCAAACUCUACAUUUUCUUGUAUUUCUUAACCUAAAUAGUGAAUUCCUCUUUCGUGCAUGC